AUGGGGAAAGCCACUGAGGACCCCCAGCGCGCCAAGCGCAACCUCCUCGACGAUAGCGACUCGGACUCUGAUGAUGGAGGGGCCGCUGUCGCUGCGCCUGGUUUCAAGGUGAACGAGGAAUUCGCCCGCCGAUUCGAGCACAACAAGAAGCGAGAGGAGAGGCAAAGGUUGGAGGAGAAGUUUAAGAAGACGGGCAAGAAGCCGUCUGGCGACGAUGAUGGUGGCGACUCUUCGUCCUCGGACGAGGAGGAAGAUGAGGAUGGCUUCCUGGCCACCGAAGACCUCGAUGCGCAGAUCUCAGCCACCCUCCAGGCCAUUCGAAACAAGGACCCCAAAGUCUACGACAAGGAGGUCUCAUUCUACAAGCCCGAUGACCCUGCCGAGACCGGCGACAAGGACAAGAAGGAGAAGCCUGUCUAUCUACGAGACUACCACCGAGAAAAACUCUUGCGAGGCGAUACCGGUGCUGACGAGGAGGAUGAGGAUGUUCCCAUGACCUACAAUCAAGAGCAGGAUGCCUUGAAAAAGUCAAUUGUGGCUGAGAUGCAUGCUGCCGCUGACAGCGACGGGUCCGACGACGACGAAGACGAUGGCUUCUUGAAGCGAAAAGAGCCAGCAAAGGUGGACUCGAACGGAUUUCACCCCUCCCGAAAAGCAGCCACCCAGAUCACCGAUGUCGAUGUCGCCAAUGCUGACAAGAACCCCGAGACCUUCCUGUCGAAUUUCAUGAGUGCCCGCGCCUGGGUCCCACCUGAUGGUUCUAACUGGAAGGCCUUCGAGUCUGAUGAAGGAGAAGACGACGAUCGUGCCGACGAGUUUGAGCAGGCAUACAACCUGCGGUUUGAGGACCCCGAGAAGAGCAACGAGUUCCUUCGAUCGUAUGCUCGAGAUGUCGCUGCCGCCAAGUCGGUGAGACGCGAGGAGAAGAGCGGUCGAAAGCGUCAGCGUGAGCUCGAGCGCGAGCGCAAGGAAGCUGAGAAGCAGGAGCGACGUGAGGAGAAGGCUCGUCUACGGAAGCUGAAGCUUGAGGAGGCCCAGGAGAAGCUGCGCAAGAUCAAGCACGCAGCGGGCAACGCGGGCAAGGACCUUACCGAAGAGGACUGGAUGAAGUUCCUCGAUGAUGCAUGGGAGAACGACAAGUGGGAAGAGGAGAUGCAGAAGCGGUUCGGCGAAGAAUACUAUGCACAGAACGAUGAUGUUCCUGUAUCUGACGACGAAGAGGAGGAAGAGGGUGAGGAUGGUGAAAAGAAGAAGAAGAAGAAACAUCCAAAGAAGCCCAAGUGGGAUGAUGAUAUCGACAUCAAGGACCUCGUCCCCGACUUUGAGGAUGACGAAGGGAAGCCCAAUAUCGGUCUCAGCGACAUUGAGGGUGAUGCCGCUGAGGGUGAGGAGGAAGACGAGGAGGAGGAUGAGGAUGACCGACCGUCCAAGAAGCGCAAGACAGAUCACAAGAAAGCCCGCAAAGAGGCUCAGAAACAAGCCCGUCAAGAGCGUGCCAAGCUCGAGGCUCUCGUCGACUCCAAGCUCGAGCUGUCCAACCACGACCUCCUCAGCAAGCCGGCGCACGCCCCCUUCCGCUACCGCGAGACCUCGCCGCAGUCCUUUGGCAUGACGGCCCGCGACAUCCUCCUCGCCCCCUCGGACGCGGCUCUCAACGAGUACGCCGGCCUCAAGAAGCUCGCCACCUUCCGCGACGAGGAGAAGAAGCGCAAGGACCGGAAGCGCUUCGGCAAGAAGGCCCGUCUGCGGCAGUGGCGCCGUGAGAUCUUUGGCAAGCAGUUUGAGCGUUCUGGUCCUACUUAUGGCUUCGAGCGCCUGGUGUCUGCUGAGGAUGGCGAAGCCGCUGGUACCGUCAUCGAGCCCAAGGCUGAAAAGGACAGCAACGUCGUCGGCGAUGUAGGCGAGAGGAAGAAGAAGCGAAAGAGGUCCAAGGGCAAGAAGGGCGCUGCUGCCGAAGCAGAGGCAUGA